AUGGCCACCGACGACGAUAACUUCGACAUUGACAUCUACGGCGAUGGCACUUACAAUGCCAGUGAGCCCGGAGAGUUCAAGCCGGAGGAUUCUGAGCUCGUUCUGGAUGCUCCCGAGAACCAGCCUGAGCCCAGUACCGGAUCCACCAACACCGCCAAGAAUGAGAACCCUCCUGCCACUCAAACCCAGCAGGUGAACAACCAUACAGCUCAAUCGGCCCCUCAGCAACAGGCACCCCACCAUGGUCUGCCUGCACCCCCUCAGGGGGUCAAGCGAAAGGAAUACGAGGAUCAAUCUGUGGACCCGGAUGCUACGACUGCGUUGCUGAUCUCCGAUCUCUCCUGGUGGACAACCGAUGACGACAUCCGAGGCUGGGUGAACCAAGCCGGAGUCGAGAACCAGCUCAAAGAUGUGACCUUCAGCGAGCACAAAGUGAACGGCAAGAGCAAGGGUCAAGCAUUUGUUGAGUUCUCGACCGCGAAGGCAGCGACUGCAACAAAGCACAACAUUGAAAGAAACGGUGGCCCCGCGCGUAAGCACACCGUGCACUACACCAGCCCCCACCAAAACCCAUUUAAGACUCUGCCUAAGGAUGCCCCGAUGCGCAAUGCUGGCGGCCGCGGCGGCGGGGUUGCCCACAACACCGGUGGAACCCCCAACUACGGCAUGAACAACCACGCCGGUGGCGGAUUCCGUGGUCGAGGCGGCUUCAACAACCGUGGCAUGGGUGGUAACAUGAACAACAACUUUAACAACCGCAACAACUUCAACCCCAUGGGUGGAUUCCAGGGCGGCGCGCCCAACCCCAUGAUGGGUGGGUUCCAGGGUGCCCCGAUGGGCGGCAUGCCGAACUACGGAUUCAACAACAACCGCGGCAACAUGAUGGGUGGUAUGCGUGGCGGCGGUGCUGGUAUGCGCGGCGGCCGCGCUGGAAACAUGGGCGGUCCUAACAUGAUGGGUAUGCCUACUAUGACUCCCCCCAUGGGUGGCAUGGGCAUGAACCCAAUGGCUGGGAUGAACCCUAUGAUGGGUGGAGGCAUGGGAGGUGGCAUGCCGAUGCAAGGACAACAAGGUUUCCAGGGCCCCAACCCCGGAUUCAACCAGGGCUACUACAACCCUAACAACCAGAACAACCAGGCCAGUGGCUCCGACGGAGGUUCCUGGAACCCUCAUGGCGCGAAGCGUAGCCGACAGGACUAA